GGGAGAAAAAGAAGGGGAAGGAAGCAGCUCAGAGCGGCAACAGCCGAGCGACGGCGGCGGUGACCGGACAUGAACUUUAGCGAGCAGCCUACAACUUUACUCAGAGUUUAGAGAGAGACGACGGAAGCAGCAGCAGCAGCAGCAGCAGCAGCCCCUUCCCUUCACCUCUACUCAGUCAGGGGAAACAAGGAAGUGAGGAGCAGGCGGACUCCCAGUUGUUUUCCUCCGCACAAGAUUAUUUGGCUUGUGCUGUGUUGAGUCCACCAUCAUCACCGACCUCAGAAGAGGCCAGCAGGAUCCCUUUUUGCUUCGUGAGCAGAUCUCUCCGGUAUCAGUCAACCAGCCGCCGUCAACGCUAGCAUCGUUAGCUGAACCCCUUGGUGAGGGAGGGUCCACCUGAAGGAGUCAUGUUUCGCCCGGGUUUGUAAUGUCUGAGCCCUGCAACGGACCCGGACCAGUCCAAGAACGGGGGCGGAUUCGUCGAGACGUGCCCCGCUUUGUGAUUGGCUGUGAAGAGGAUGAGCAAGACAUGGGCCAAAUGGAGGCUGGCAUGAAGAACGAGAUGCUUCAUCAGGACGACAUGGAGGUGUAUGAAAAUGAAUCGCCGUCAGAGCGACAGAUCGUUGUGGGCAUAUGUGCCAUGGUGAAGAAGUCCAAAUCGAAGCCCAUGACUGAGAUCCUGGAGAGGCUCUGUAAAUUUGACUACAUCGAUGUCGUCAUCUUCCCUGAGGAGGUGAUCCUGGAGGAACCUGUGGAGAAGUGGCCGCUCUGCGACUGCCUCAUCUCCUUCCACUCCAAAGGUUUUCCUCUUGACAAAGCUGUGGAAUAUGCUAAGCUCAGGAAUCCAAUGCUCAUCAAUGAUCUCAACAUGCAGUAUUUUAUUCAAGACAGGAGGGAAGUGUAUCGGAUCCUUCAGGAAGAGGGCAUUGACCUGCCUCGCUACGGCGUGUUAAACAGAGACCCUGACAACCCUGAAGAGUGCAACCUGGUGGAGGGGGAGGACCAUGUGGAGGUGAACGGGGAGGUGUUCCCUAAGCCCUUUGUGGAGAAGCCUGUGUGUGCGGAGGACCACAAUGUCUACAUCUACUACCCAACGUCUGCUGGGGGAGGCAGCCAGAGGCUCUUCAGAAAGAUUGGAAGUCGCAGCAGUGUCUACUCCCCAGAAAGCAACGUGCGAAAAACUGGAUCAUACAUCUACGAGGAGUUCAUGCCGACUGAUGGCACCGAUGUGAAGGUUUACACGGUGGGCCCAGAUUACGCCCACGCUGAGGCCAGGAAGUCUCCGGCCCUGGACGGUAAGGUGGAGCGAGACAGCGAGGGCAAGGAGAUCCGCUUCCCCGUCAUGCUGACUGCCAUGGAGAAACUGGUGGCUCGCAAGGUCUGCCUCGCCUUCAAGCAAACUGUGUGUGGAUUCGAUCUGCUGCGAGCCAACGGCCAUUCCUACGUCUGUGACGUGAACGGCUUCAGCUUUGUGAAAAACUCCAUGAAGUAUUACGACGACUGCGCCAAAGUCCUGGGGAACAUGGUGAUGAGAGAGUUAGCCCCCCAGCUGCACAUCCCCUGGUCCAUCCCCAUGGAGGCUGAAGACAUCCCCAUCGUCCCGACAACCUCAGGAACCAUGAUGGAGCUGCGCUGCGUCAUCGCCAUCAUUCGUCAUGGAGAUCGGACCCCAAAGCAGAAGAUGAAAAUGGAAGUCCGUCAUCCUCUCUUCUUUGAGUUGUUUAAGAAGUAUGGAGGAUACAAGACGGGCAAGCUAAAGUUAAAAAAGCCAAAACAACUGCAGGAAGUUCUGGACAUCGCCCGCCUGCUGCUGGUCGAACUCGGUCAGCACAACGACUGCGAGAUUGAGGAGAAGAAAUCCAAACUGGAGCAGCUCAAGACGGUGUUGGAAAUGGAAUCCAGCUUGAAUGUGAAUCAGUACGGCCAUUUCUCUGGAAUCAACAGGAAGGUCCAGCUGACCUACCUUCGAAACGGCCAGCCUAAAGCCUCCAGCGAAGAAGAAGACUGUAAGAAGGACGGCCCGUCCCUGCUGCUGGUGCUGAAGUGGGGCGGGGAGCUGACGCCCGCUGGCCGGGUUCAGGCCGAGGAGCUGGGCAGGGCCUUCCGCUGCAUGUACCCUGGAGGUCAAGCCCGUAAUCGCCGGUCCCCUGGCUGCGAGUCCCCUGUUGACUUUGGUGACUUUGCGGGGUUUCCUGGCUGCGGCUUGCUGCGUCUGCACAGCACUUACCGCCACGACCUGAAGAUUUAUGCCUCUGACGAAGGCAGGGUUCAGAUGACUGCUGCGGCGUUUGCCAAGGGCCUGCUGGCUCUGGAGGGCGAGCUGACGCCCAUCCUGGUUCAGAUGGUGAAGAGCGCCAACAUGAACGGACUCCUGGACAGCGACAGUGACUCUCUGACCGACUGUCAGCAGAAGGUGAAGGCCAGACUACAUGAGAUCAUGCAGAAGGACCAAGAGUUCAUCCAAGACGACUUUCAGAAGUUGGCCCCGACCUGCAGUCCAUCCCUGGUGAACUCAAUGAAGGUCAUAGAGAAUCCAGUCAAAACCUGCGACAAGGUUUACGCGCUCAUUCAGAGCCUCACCUCGCAGAUUCGAAAGAGACUGGAGGACCCCAAAUCCGCAGAUUUGCAGCUGUACCACAGCGAGACGCUGGAGCUGAUGCUGCAGCGCUGGUCGAAGCUGGAGAGGGACUUCCGCAUGAAGAACGGCCGCUACGACAUCAGCAAGAUCCCGGACAUCUACGACUGCAUCAAGUACGACUCGCAGCACAACGCCUCCGUCGGCCUGGAGGACACGUUGGAGCUCUUCAGACUGUCCCGCGCUCUGGCCGACAUAGUCAUCCCACAGGAGUACGGCAUCAAUAAAGCGGAGAAGCUGGACAUCGCUCAGGCGUACUGCGUCCCUCUGAUGAAGAAGAUCUACCUGGACCUGCAGAGGACCCAUGAGGAAGAGGCAGUCAACAAGCUGCACCCUCUGUAUUCCCGCGGAGUGAUGUCUCCUGGUCGCCACGUUCGCACACGACUCUACUUUACGAGCGAGAGCCACGUCCACUCCCUGCUCAGCAUGUUUCGCUAUGGAGGACUGCUGGAUGAGGUGAAGGACCAGCAGUGGAAGCAGGCGAUGGACUACCUGAGCGCCGUGACUGAACUCAACUACAUGACGCAGAUCGUCAUCAUGCUGUACGAAGACAACAACAAGGACCCGUCCUCGGAGGAACGUUUCCACGUGGAGCUCCACUUCAGCCCGGGGGUCAAAGGGUGUGAAGAUGAGGAGAACGUGCCGCUGGGCUUUGGUUUCCGACCCGCCUCAUCAGAGAAUGAGGACAAAAAGCCCAAUCAGGGAAGCCUGGAGGAUCUUUCCCAGGAUCAGACGGACGACGCUCUUCCGGUCACAGAGCUCAUCAACCUGCAGAGACGCUCUCCGAUGAUUCGCAACCGCAAGACGGGCUCUAUGGAGGUCCUCUCUGAGACGUCGCCCAACCAUUCUUCCAAAGGCUGCACAUCCCACCGGCUCUUCCAGUCUUGUUCCCGCCAGUCUCCUGAGAUCAAACCAGCCGGAGGCCUAGUCCCUUCAUCAUCUCUCUCUUCUUUCCAUCGCCUCCCCCUCCUGUUUCUCAUGGCUGCAUAGCUUUCAGUUCAGCUUAGCGGCAGCGCAAACAGGAUCAGACUCCAAACUAUUCAGGCGAGAGGUCAGCUGGGAGUUGAGGCGUUCGCAGCCAACAUCAGGAUUUCUUUGUCACAGGACGCUUACAGACGUUCCGACACUCCCUGUGGGAAAUAAACGUUCAGCGCAAGGCUGCAGGUUUUAGCUGACCGACGUUUAACACAGGAAGCUAAUGUCAUAGGACCAAACUAAAUGCUCUCAGAUCACUGGUCACUGAUUUAAAUUUAAUUGAAACAUCAGCAACAUCUUGCCUUGCAAAAGUAUUUAUACCCCUUAAAGGGGCAGCGUUAUGUAUUUUCCAGGGACAUAAUCCCAUUUUACAGCACAAAAAUGGGAUUAUUUAUGUGCCAUUUUUUUGGAAUUUGUAAUUCCAAAUAACGAAUUCCAAAUUCGUUAUUUGGAAUUGUUCGAAAAAUAACAUAUAUAUACAUAUAUUACUUAAAAUAAAUUUGACUUUUCAAAUUAAAGCCUUGAAAUUGGGCCUCUGUCCCCUUUAAGAAGCUCCUGCUCUUUCUGAAACUCCGCUUUCAGGAAGUCGCCACAACAAAGUUUCUCCGUUAAGCCUUUCACAAACGUUUUUCAAACACCAUUCAUAGUUGCCAUGGAGAUUAAAGGAUUUCUCAGGCACUCCAGGCAUGAUUUUGCUGAAGGAAUAACUUCAAAAAAGUCGAUUUUACACAAUACCGCCCCUUUAAACGUAUUAGCACACCGACACUUCAAAGGCUGUUCAUUCGAUUUCCCAACUUUGUGUCGGUCUAUCAGGUAAAAUCGAAAUAAGACACUUCUGCACCACACUGCAAUUUUAAACUGAUGUAGAAUAUAACACAGAAGAGGCAAAUUUCACCCGAUCGAUAUGAGUUGAAUCACUUUCCCGUCAUUAGGAUACAGAGAAACGACCAGGCUUCAGUGUUGCAGACCGACAUGUAACGGUGAAUAAAUCUUCUCGUUUAAACAGCAGCAAUUAGCCUUUUCAGGAAUCUUUUUAAUCUAGAAAUUUAAGUUGUGAAUGUUCUUAAUUGUUUUUCCCGCCUUUCAGUGUUUUAUUUUUUCAUUAAAUGACAAACGGGAUCAUCUGCAGCACAUCCCAAUACACAGUGCCAGGUUUUUCGUCACGUGAGACUUUAAUGAAUUAUUGUAAGACGUUCACAGUUAAACAGAAAAACGAAUAAAUUAGUUUGAAGGAUAAAUAAUGAGAAAGGUGGAAUAACCUGGCCUCUUAAAUUUGUGGAAACUAAAACUUUGCAUGUUUUGAUUCUGCUUCAGCAUUCAAUCUAGUAAGCAGUCGUGGUUUCCGCAAAAUAAUGUAAAUCUGGAAAGGUUUGACAACAGAACUGUUAAGAGUCACUAUAAUUGAUGGUCACUGUGAACCUGAAAGGACUCAAUGUUAAUUAAUCACAAGCUGCUUCAACAAAGUAUUAGCUCUUCAGAAAAACAUGUCAGUCAAGAUGAAACAAACCCAGAAAAAAACACAUUCCUCUACAUUUUACCAAAUAGUUGCCCAUUCUUUUCCUUCUACAAAUAUAAACUGCUAUUGAUGCAAUUUGAGUUUGACAACAGUAUAUAUGUUUUUUUUAUCUUUUUAUCUGUCUAUCACAACUUCAAAGAACACUUCAAGGGCUUUCCCCCCCGUGAGCUCAGCGUUUCUAGGGGAAUUUAACGUCUAAUAAGCCUCAAAAAAUGGCGACACUCUCAGGCACGAAUCUGCUGCCUAAACGGAGCCGCGUGGAGAAAACCAUAAAAGCAGGAGUGUGACAUCAGAGGGACAGAAAGGCUUUCUGUCAAGUGUUCUUCAUUAGCACGCUAACAGCUUCCCUACUUACUACUCAGUGUCACCUGGACGACUCCGGUUGUCUUUUAAUUAAAUUCAACUUAGCUCUUCUGAAUAAACAGAAGUUUCUAUUAAGCCUCGUUGUCACUGUGGAUAUUUACUGAUUGUUUAAAAAAAAUUUGUUUUGUUAAGUUGAGGUUAAAGGUACGUCAUGCCAAUAUGUUAUGAAGAGGCGAACGAUCACCGGUCUGAAAGCAGCUGAAAGCUUCACAGUGACUCCUGGUGAAAGCAUCGAGGUGACUGAGGACAGAACCACCUGCUUUGUUUCCUCCAUUGUGUCUGAACAAAAUGUUAGCACAUUAACACCCCGCAGAAACAAUCCUGCUGCCAAUGGCAAAUGUUCAUACCGCUUCAGCGCUAAAUUUAUUAGGAGUUGCAUUGAUUAUUUUGAUUACAUACAGUGACUUUCAAAAGUAUUCACACCCCCAACGAGGGCCGGGCCACAAAUUGAUUUUAUCUGUUAAUCAAAUUUUUGGUUUUUGAAGAUUUACGUUUUUGGAAAAAAAAAAUUGUUCUUUUUUCAACAAUAAACUCCUUGGGUUUUCACAGUUCAGAGUGAUGUCAACACCCACAGGGCGGCCAUCUUGUUUGGCAAGUGUGUUUUACAGCUGCAGUUCAUUUGGUUUUUGAAUUCAAGUCAAUAAUAGAACAGUCCUAUUUUUUUAAAUCUUUUUUUUAAUUACAAGAAUUAAGUCAUAUCACAAGACUAGAGUCAUGGCAAUACUAGAAUAAAUCCAAAUGACAAGAAAGUCAAAAUAAUACCAGAAUAAAGGCUAAAUAUUCGGAGAAGGAAGGAGUAAUUUUAUGAGACAAAACAAAAUAUAUAAAAUUAAUUAUUCUAAAGAAAAUUGUAAACUUUAAUUUUAAGCCAUAUUGUGCCAACCCCAGACCAGAGUGGAUUUUAUUUUAUGCAGCUCAUACUAGUGCAUACUUGUGAAUUAGAAAGAAAUUUAUAUUUUAUAGUUAUUCAUUUGAUCAUAACAUGAAAGUCCAGCAACUGUUGUCCUGUCAAUCGAUUCUUCUGCCAGAUUUUUAUUUAGGGGAAUCAGAAAAAAAAGGGGACAGACGCAUGUUUCUGUUAGUCGAUUGUAGAGUAGAUGAGGUUAUCAGUUUCUCACAGUAUAAAAUCCCAACAAAAAGGUAAUGGGGUAUGAAUACUUUUGAUAUGUCACUGUGUGUGAAAGUUUUAUUCAGAUUUUUUUAUAUAUAUUUAUUUUAUUAAUUUAUUUAUUUUGUUGUUUGUUUUGGAGAGCGGUGGGUGUUUUCUACGGCUGGCAUCUCCUCCGUCACAGUUAUUUAUUGUUUUUUCUGUUUCAGAUCAAAUAUUCUUGAGUCUGGAUAAAGAUUAGCAAAUGAGAAGAGAUUGGAUUUUUUUUUAAUAGUUCCUCUCUGCAUAACUCCAUUGCAUUUCCUAUUGUUGGUAACUCGUCUUUCUCACUGCCACACCUGGCAUGUUGCAUCAAAGUGGUGCUGAAUUCGGUGCCGAAUCUGUCAGGAAC